AUGGAAUUGCCUCCAGAGUGGGUUCUUAAAGAGUCUUUGAAUCAUCCUGGACGCUGUUAUUACUACAAUAAGGUUACAAACGAAACAACAUGGAUUAGACCUAUUCCUUAUCCUGGAAAUAAGCCAAAUCGUGCGAAUGAAUGGCCACCAAUCAUCUACGUCGCCCAAAUCUACAUUAAGCAUGGUCCAAUGGAUGAGUCAAAAGAAAAAAUCAAACGAAUUUUCAGACAGAUCGUUUUUGAAAAUAAAUCUUUUGAAGAAAUGGUUCAACAAGAAUCAGAACAAUGCCCUGAUAUACAAACAGAUCCUAACGGUGAUGUUGGAUGGAUAGAAUCAACAGAUCCUCGUUUCACCAAAGAAUACAUCAAAGCGGCUUGGGAUUUAAGAAUUGGCGAAAUGUCAACAUACAUUAAUACAGAGCACGGUUAUUUUAUUAUCCUUAGAAGAGGAUAA